GACUUGCGCACGUGUGUGUGUGUGAGCGCGCGCGAGUAUUGGCACUAAACUGUGUUCUUCGAUUCUGCACACAUUUCUUGCAUGCUCUUUGGCAGCAUUCUUAAAAUAUUGAGUAGUGAACGAAAUUGCUGUGACUGGAUGUGUAGCCGAUACCGUAUAAUUUAUAAUUCAAGGCACACUGUCUAGGUGGAUGGUUGCUGUUGUUCAUAUUGUGCCUCCGUGGGGGUGUAUAACAGUUUAUGACAAACCAAGUCUCGUGCAUUAAUUGGACUGUGCACAGAAGUUCCGACCCUUCUACUUAAAUGACUGAUUUGGGACCAGCUCCCUAAAAAAUAGCUGCAUGCAAUGAGUGCAAAACGUUUGAGAUGGCAUACUAGAAUUAUACCAGCACUCCCCUUAAGAUCAGUCUGAUCUGACUUUACUUACUCAGCGCUUCAUUUUCUCACCCCUAGCCUUAACCAACUGAAGAAAGUGCAGCAGAUAGGGGAGGAGGUGCAGGAUUAAGUAGUGGAUACUAGAUCUUGGGUUGAAUGUCUGAGCUGCUUCAGAGGUACGUAGCUGUAUCUCGUCUGGAUGUGAAGCUUUCAAUCUACUUACUUUCCUAAGACGCAGAAGGAGAGAAGAGAAGACAAGAGUUGUGGAGAGAAAGGCCAAUUGAUGGAAAAGGAAAUGAGAAAGGUGCAGUAGUAGUAGCAGCUGCCAGUGUCUCUUGGUUUUAUGUGUUUUGCAAGGACUGCGUGAAUGGACAAGGUUUUAAGGGCUAUUUCAAAGAGCGCUAUAAGGUUUCUUGUGACUAUGUAUAGUUAAUAACGCACCUCGACGAACGUCCAGACCACCAACAGCAAGGUCUGGACAGGAGCUCGGUUAACGCUUCCCUUCUUCACAGAAAUUUCCGUAUUUUCUGAUCUGGAUUCUGGAUGUAAACAAUAUAGUGGCGAUACAUAUAUACAUUUUUUUGGUUUGUGUCCAGGAGGUGGUUGUAGGUGUUUAUGGACUCACUGCUCCAGGUUUACUAAAAUCUCAGAAUGCGUGUUAAACACAUCACAGCUACUGUAGUCUGGGACUUCAAAACCUGGGACACCAAAUAAGAAGAUGUAUUCCAGUAUUUUGUUGGGAUUAGUAAGAGCGAAUUCAGAACCCAGAGGCUAAUGAGAAUAGGACUGCUGAAGAUAUCAAAAGAAGAGGAUGAAUAAGAGGUACGGGCAUAAGGCAGCGAAGAGAACGCUGCUAAUUAUUGUAUGUGUGAUAACCCUGUGGGGAAAAGUGACAUCUGGGGCCACUCACCAGAAGGCUCACCAUGUUAAGACAGGAACAUGUGAAGUGGUAGCGGUUCACAGAUGUUGUAAUAAGAACAAGAUCGAAGAAAGAUCACAAACAGUCAAAUGUUCCUGCUUUCCUGGGCAAGUGGCUGGGACUACACAUGCAGCACCUUCUUGUGUUGAUGCCUCAAUAGUAGAACAGAAGUGGUGGUGUCAAAUGCAGCCAUGCCUUGAAGGAGAGGAGUGCAAAGUUCUUCCAGAUCGCAAAGGGUGGAGCUGUUCUACUGGUAAUAAAGUGAAAACAACAAGGAUCCAGCCCCCAACAACAGCCUAAGCUCCAUUGUAACUCGAUAGCAGGAGGACACAUAAUAAGCAUUGUCACUGUCUAUACAAUUUCAUCAAAAUCUUCAGUAACUGCAUACAUGUGGCAAGCCGAAAGUGAGAUUUUAUACAGCAAGAAUUAUCUUUCUGAAUGAAUAAUUUGUAAAAAAUGAAUUGGCAUAGAAAAUGCAACUACUGCAAAUGUAAGAUGUAGAAAGCUGCUGGCAUAUGGACCUGUCUGAUACAAACAGUUGCAGUGUGAAUACAAACAAAACUAUUUCAUGUUAUUGAAGGAUACUGUUACAACAAUAUUCUUAAGUGAAACCUGAAGAAUAGCCAGUGAACAAAAUGGGAUAAUAUUUGGAUUUUCCAUUUGAAAUAAAGCCCGAAGACACAUUUAUAUAAAAUAAUAGACGAUCACCAAGAAUCCACUCUGAAUUUAUUUUUGGUGGGACUGUGUGCUCUUUUAAACAGGACUCCUUCAAAGACAUUAUCAAAUGGCAUAGGACAGACAUUUUUAUUUGUACUCUUAAAUGUGAAGCUUUGAAAGGCUCUAUAUUUCAAUAGCUGGAACUUGCUUUGUUAUAGAAAUGGAGCUAUAUAGUACUGUAUAACCAAUUGUUAAUAAUUAUUGGUGACAAACAAUAGCAGAAUAUAUCAGUCUUUUUUGACUGUUUAGUCAGUAUGACACAUUAUCCCAAGGCAAACUAUUUGUACAUCUCUUUGACAGUUAAAUACAUGCUGGUCAGCACUGAUCUGUCAUUAGAUUAAUUCAUUGGAUUGCUCUGAAUGUGAUGUACUUACAUUCUCCAUUACAAAUCAUUUGAAUGGCAGUGUGUUAAUUUAUUUUUCAUUUUAUGUUUACAGCCAGUCAGCAACUGCUUAUAAAUUUUGGCAUCAUAUAUUUCACAGCAUAUUUGCACAGUUAUUACAUUUUAUACUACCUGUCGUUUUGUAUACUUCUAUUCAAAAUAAGUUUUGUUUUGACAUUUACUCAAUGUUUCCAUGUAAUCUAAGAAACUAAUCCUCUUGUAGUACAAUUGCAUAUGAAGCAGUCUAGAUUCUAAAAUAAUAAAAGCAAUGUUAUUCAUUCUGACUUUCUAGAUAACUCCCUAGAUAUCAUCUUGGGUUAUUAUUUGUAGCAAAUCAUGAUUAAUAAAACAUCUAUUAAUGAUUUAAGACUAUCUCUCUGUAUGUCUCUUUACACACAAACGUGUAUAUGUGUCUGUGUGUGUGUGUGUGUAAAUAUAUUCAAAGGAGAGAUGAACAUUAUCCUAUUUUCUCAGUCAUAAACUUCACUUGAAAAUUAUUCUAAAAAUGUAUUAUAUAAUACAUUCUUCUUAAUCUUGCUGGAUAUGAAUUUAAACAAUCAUAUAAUGUCAAGAAGCAUAAUUCACUUUUGCCAUUUAAUGGUGAGUAUAUAUCCCAGGUGAUGAUUUAAGAAGCUUAUUAUACCAUGUUCUUUCAAAAAUUAGAUCAAAAGUCUGAGAAUGUACAUUAUUGUCACAUCAACUGCUAAUCCUGUUUUAAAUGAGAAAGCAGAGGUAUAAUUUUGAUUUGCUUAGAAGAGCUGUCUAAUAGAUUAGUUUUUAAUUUCAUAUAAAAAAUUUACAUUUAUCUUAUACAAUAUUUAGAAUAAAAAUAAUGUGAUUCAUAAUAAAAAAUAAAGGAAACCUUGCAGUUUAUUCCCUCUGUUUAUUAAGAGAUCCAGCGUUCAUGUCUUCUUAUUGGUGCACAUUAUUAUUAUUAUUAUUAUUAUUAUUAUAAUAUUACUUUAGUAUUAUUUUUGAACACUUUAUUAUUCUUCGACUGCUGUGAGUUUUUCAUUGACACUGUUGUACAGUUUUCUGGACUGCAUUAUAAAAAAAAUCAUGUAAUGAUGUCAAAAGCUUGUUGUUUGACAAUAAACAGAGAGACGUUCCACAUUAUAGCUUCUGAGUUUAAGAUUUGGUGUUUCAACCACAAGAGCAAAAAUGCUACCCUGCUGUUUUUGACAAUCUGCAUUUGCUGUCCAUGGCAUCAUAUAGUUUUAAGCCUGUCACCAACUAAUGUUACAAUAAAUGUCAUUUAAUUUUUUUUCUGAAGAUUUUUUCUGAGUCUGGUGUGAACAUAAACUCUGUUAAAUGAUUAGCAUGUUGUAAAGUAAGUAUUAAAAUGAAAUGCAAAUUGACAUUCAUGUCUUUUCAGCAAUUUGGUUAAUAUUUACUUAAGGGAUAUAUAUGCUGCCAUGAAUAAAUUUAAGUUUUUCAUUGUAAAGAGUAAAAUAUGAUUUAUUCAUACUCAAAGCUAAUAUUUUUGGUUCUGAAGUGAGUAAAUAUGCAUUAAGGUUUUGGAAUAGUUGAUUUAUUAAAGUACAAGCAAAAUCUGGAAUAUUAAAAAUGAUGUUGAUAAACUUGUGAAUUUUCAACAUGUCACACUGAUUCCAGUAGCAUAUAAUUGUGGCUAUUCUUAAGAAGUGAAUAAAAUUGUAAUACAAAACUAA